AUGUUAAAAGCUUACCUCUGUUCAUCCAUCAUGACAUCUUCUAGUUUAACUAUGUUGGAAUGGCACAACUCCUUUAGCAGUGAUAUUUCCCUAAUUGCUGUUGUUGGCACUCCUUCAUCAUCUUUUUCAAGCCUAGAAAAUAAUAGUUAUGGUUUUGAUUUCAGCAUGUAAUGUACAUCACUGACAUUUUAAAGAAUAUGUUUUUUUCAGAUAAGCAGCUAUGUAGCAUUUCUCUCUUGGUAUUUCUUCAUACCCUAACCCCUUUUUGAGGGAUCAAGUAAAAAUAACUUCAUUACAUGUUGAAAAAUUUCUUGAAAUAAAAUCCAAAUCAACAUUGAUCAUUGCUAUGUUUAUAUGUCCAUGAAAAAGGAGUCUCAACCUUUUUUCAAACCAGAUGGCUAUAAUUUGUUUUA